GUAAGUUAUAUAAGUGUGAACCAGAGAAAGAACUGACCUUGUUAUUCUUGGUCUGAUGCCGAUGAUUUCGCGUCACUUAAUAAAGUUACAAUCUUUUCAUAAUUUCAUCUCCAUUAAUGCUUUCCCGUAUUUCAACAAAUCAAACACUCAAUCUCUUACUACUUCGUCGUCUCUAUCAGAUCAUCUUCAAAACAACAGAUUAGAUGAAGCUCGAUCCAUCUUCAACAAGAUUCCUUCACCCACCCUUCAUUUAUGCACCAAGAUGAUCUCCGCUUAUUCAGCAAACAACCGCCUUACCGAUGCCCUGCAACUGUUCGACCAAAUGUCCACAAGGGACUCCAUUUGUUGGAAUUCCCUUAUUAAAGGAUGUUUGGAUUGCGGUCAUUUAGACAUAGCUUCGAAGCUGUUCGAUGAAAUGCCUGACAGAACUGUUGUUACUUGGACUACAAUGAUCAAUGGAAAUUUCAAGUUUGGGAUGAUUGAAGCCGCUGAGUACUUGUUCUUUAAUAUGAAUGUGAAUGUGAAGGAUAUAGCGGUAUGGAACUCGAUGAUUCAUGGGUAUUUCUGUAAUGGCAGAGUUGAUGAUGCUGUAAGGGUAUUCGAUGAAAUGCCUCGUAGGAAUGUUAUAUCAUGGACUAGUAUGAUUAGUGGGCUUGAUCAGCAAGGAAUGAGUCGAAAAGCUCUGCUUAUGUUUAAGAGAAUGAUGAUCAUGUCUUCUUCUUCCAUUAUUCCUUCUUCGAAUACAUUUUCUUCCGCGAUAACGGCAUCUGCAAAUGUGUUGGAGCUCGAGAUGGGUCUUCAGCUUCACGGGCAAGUAUUCAAGCGAGGGUAUUUCUCAGACGAAUUCGUAACCGCCUCGCUUCUCACGUUCUACGCAAACUGCAACCAAAUCGAUGAGUCUCGCGAGAUUUUCAUCGAACUAUCGCGUAAGAAUGUGGUAGUUUGGACAUCUCUUCUAACGGGUUACGGUUUAAACCAUAGGCACGAGGAAGCAAUGGAGAUCUUCGUCGAGAUGAUGAAAAACGGGGUCCUUCCAAAUGAGUCUUCAUUGGCUAGCGCUUUAAACUCGUGUAGUGAACUGGAGGAUAUCGAAAGAGGAAAAGAGAUACACGUUGUUUCGAUCAAACUCGGGCUUGAAACCGAAGUCUACGUUGGAAACUCUCUUGUUUCGUUUUACUCCGGUUGUGGAUGCAUUAGAGAUGCGUUUGCUAUUUUUGAGAGAAUCGAAGAGAAGAAUCUCGUUUCGUGGAACUCGAUUAUCGUUGGUUGUGCUAAACACGGACAUGGGAAAUGGGCUUUAUCGUUGUAUAGCAAAAUGAUUCGAGGCGAGAUUAACCCAGAUGAAAUCACGCUAACCGGAUUGCUCUACGCAUGCUGCCAUACCGGGAUGCUAACAAAAGGAAAAAAGUUGUUUCGAUAUUUCGAUAAGUUUAAACCAUUCGAUAUUCAAAUAGAGCAUUAUUCGUGUAUGGUCGAUAUAAUGGGUCGAGCCGGGGAAUUAGAUGAAGCAGAACAAUUCGUUAAAACAAUGCCCAUCGAACCGAAUAAUACCAUGCCAUGGCUAUCUUUGCUUAGCGGGUGUAGGACACAUUCGAAUUUCAAACUAGCCGAAAAGGCGGCAAAUAUUAUAUUUAACCUCGACCCAAAAUGCAGUGGUGCUUAUGUUUUACUAUCGAAUCUAUAUGCAUCGACUGGUAAAUGGGCUGAUGUUGCUAGAUUAAGAGUGAAGAUGAAACGGGCGGGUGUGGCGAAACAACCGGGUCGGAGUUGGGUCAUUUUGAAGGGGAGGAAACAUGUUUUUGUUUCGGGAGAUAGGUCUCAUCCUUUAAGUGAAAUGAUAUAUGAUAAAUUGAGAUGGUUAGGAGAAAGGCUAAGGAAAGAAGGGUAUGUUCCCGAUAUUGGUUUUGAUUUGCACGAUGUCGAGGAUGAACAAAAAGGCGCGGCAUUGUCUUACCAUAGCGAGCGUCUAGCAAUAGCGUUUGCUUUGAUUAGUAGUUUGGAAGGAUGUACGAUUACGGUUAUGAAGAAUCUUCGAGUGUGUGGGGAUUGUCACUCGGCUAUCAAGAUUAUAGCGAAGAUCGUUGGGCGCGAAAUUGUUUUGAGAGAUUCGAGUCGAUUUCAUCAUUUUAGAGAUGGUUUUUGCUCUUGUGGAGACUAUUGGUGAGUUUAGGAUAUAAAUUUAUUUGAAAAUAGUUUUUUUUUUUUUUAUCAAGUAUUCAUUUAAAU